UCUACAAUAAGUCUUUUAGGGUUUUAGUGGAUCUCAAUCAAAAUCAGAGAGAGAGAUCGAUCGUUCACGAGUUUUGUUAUAUCGUCCACUGAGUUGCUCCCAAAUCUCUAUUCGUUUUUUCCUUUUCUGAUCUCUGUGUUAUCCUCUGGAUUUGUAUCUGAAGAGAAGAUGGAAGAAGCUAGAAGAGCCACGGAGAUUGCUGUGAGGAAACUCUCGGAGAAUGAUUACGAUGGUGCGAAGAAAUUUGUUAACAAGGCUCAGCGUUUGUAUCCAAAUCUCGAUGGUUUGAAGCAAGUCUCGAUGAUGAUCGGUGUUUAUAAAUCUGCGUCAAACGGAGGAGAAGAAUCCGAUUGGUACAGGAUUCUCGGUGUCGAUCCUUUAGCGGAUGAUGAAGCAGUGAAGAAAACUUACAAGCAGUUAGCUCUUUUGCUUCAUCCGGACAAGAACAAGUUUGAUGGAGCGGAAGGUGCCUUUAAACUGGUUUUAGAAGCUUGGUGUUUGUUGUCUGAUAAGGUUAAGAGAGCUUCUUAUGAUCAAAGAAGGAAGUCGAACAAAGCAAAGAUUAAGAUGCAGAAAUCAACAAACCAACAACAAGAUGGUGUGCAUACGAGGAAGGAAGCAAGAAGUACUGAGUUUGCGUUUCCCGCGGAUGCAUCAAAACAGAGGGAACCUAUUAUGCUUUGGUCAAUUUGCAGAAGAUGCAAGACAGAAUGGCAAUGUCCGAGGGAUUCUAAUCUGAACAAGGAAAAAGUUUGUCCAAAUUGUAGACAACCUUUCAUUGAAACCGGGAAAACUCCAAACAAAAGAAGAACCAAUAAAGCUUCUCAACAGCAACAACAAUGCAGUGGUGUCCAAAACAAAGCACCUGAAAAAAGAACCAAGAAAGCUUCUGAACAGAAACAACAAUGGAGCAGUGUCCAAAAUAUAGCACCAGACCAAGGCACCGAAAAAGCAUCUAAUUCUUCUGAGAGAAGUUCCUGGCCUUCUGUUAGUUUUACCUUGAAGUGUUCAUCAAUUUCAUCGAAGGCAAGGUCUAAUUGUGGAUGUGUUGCGAAUCAACAACCGAAAAGAAGACUUGAGGAGUUUGCUGCAGAGAAGUUUCCUAAGAAGGCGAGGACAUGUGAUGUGAGCUAAGAAAACAUUUUAGAAAGGAAAUCAAUUAUAAUAAGCGCUGGCUCGCUCUUGCUUGUAUCCUAAGACAUUAGGGUUUUAGUGUGUCU